AUGGUUGGAUCAUGUAUUGAAAAGCUAUACAAAAUCAUUACCAAUUGUAAACUGUAUAGACAUUAUCAAGUAGAAGGUGCAGUUUCAGUAUUUAGAGAUUUCGCAAUUUCCCUCCAUGAUAACAAGACAAAUAUUAAAAUCCAUGACGUAGAAAUAGUAGAUAUGGUAUGGUGUUCUACUUUAGAUCUCUUUGAAGAAAUUCCAAUUAGAACAAAUAGAAGCUUACAAAAGAAUAGUUAUAGUAGAAUUUCUUCAUCUGAAAUUAAUUUAGGCAAUUAA